AUGCCCACCUCCACCCCAAACCUCACGGGACGCAUCCUCACUGGGUCUUCUCCUUCUCUCUCUCGGUCCCCUGCAGGCUAUGGGCACGCCGCCCCCGGCACGGAUGCCGGCAAGGCCUUCUGCAUGUUCUACGCCGUGCUGGGCAUCCCGCUGACGCUGGUCAUGUUCCAGAGCCUGGGCGAGCGGAUGAACACCUUCGUGCGCUACCUGCUGAAGCGCAUCAAGAAGUGCUGCGGCAUGCGCGACACCGACGUGUCCAUGGAGAACAUGGUGACCGUGGGCUUCUUCUCCUGCAUGGGGACGCUGUGCAUCGGGGCUGCUGCCUUCUCCCAGUGCGAGGAGUGGAGUUUCUUCCACGCCUACUACUACUGCUUCAUUACCUUGACUACCAUCGGGUUCGGGGACUACGUGGCCCUGCAGACCAAGGGCGCCCUUCAGAAGAAACCACUCUACGUGGCCUUUAGCUUUAUGUAUAUCUUGGUGGGGCUGACGGUCAUCGGGGCCUUCCUCAACCUGGUGGUCCUCCGGUUCUUGACCAUGAACAGCGAGGAUGAGCGGCGGGACGCGGAGGAGCGGGCUUCGCUGGCCGGCACCCGCAACAGCAUGGUCAUUCACAUCCAGGAGGAAGCGCAGCCGGGCCGGCCGAGGUACAAGGCGGACGUGACGGACCUGCAGUCUGUGUGCUCCUGCACGUGCUACCGCUCACACGAGUACCGCCCGGCCGCCCACCAGAACUCCUUCACCGCCAAACUCACGCCCCAGUACUUCCACUCCAUCUCGUACAAGAUGGAGGAGAUCUCUCCAAGCACACUGAAGAACAGUCUCUUCCCGUCCCCCCUCAGCUCCAUCUCCCCCGGGUUACAUAGCUUUACCGAUAACCACAGGUUAAUGAGGCGGCGGAAGUCCAUUUAG